AUCUCUACGUGUUGUUAUGUUACUAUGUUUGUGCGCCCCUCUUCUCUUCUCCUUCCCCAAGCGAAUCGGAUAACACCCCCCAACCCAUUCCUUUUCUCCUUUCGCUAAAUCCAUCCAGUUUUCUGUUCUCUCCAAAUUCUUUGUUUCUUAAUAUUUUAUUUGUCUGUUUAUUUUUCUUAAGGAUCAAACUGUUGAUUUUAUGCGAAUCCUCGUCUUAGGUUAGGUACGCUUCGACGCUUAAGAGUCCUUUCUAUACUCCACCAUUCACUACGUUCCAGGCCUAUCUUUUUGUUGAUUAUUGGUUAAUGAGUUGAAGUUAAAGAAAAGUAUCUUCUUCUGUUUUUCUUGCAUGCAAAACAUAAUGUGCAAAAUGAGAAGAGCUGUACUUGGUGAACUACAAUCAAUUAGCCAAUGACAAUAUUUUCAGUUUGCGAAGGGAGGUUAUUAGUUGAUUUUGACGAGGACGCCAUCUUGUUAUACAUUUGUCUAAUGUUCUGUCCAAGAUAUUUAUGAUAUUUUGUGCCAAUGGCGACUGAUCAGCGGAAGAAACGGUUAAAUGCUGCCAUCAUUGGUAGUUCCCAGGAGCAUUGCAGAGCAAAAAGAAAGAAACCUGGAUUAGUACAGUAUGGUUUGAACAUGAUACCUAAUAUUUCUCUUGAGUGGGAUGACAAGAAGAAGAAUGUUGUUGCCAAGAGGGAACAGAUUGGUUUAACACGGAGGGACUUGAUUCCAUCCAUUGAUUAUGUUCCUCAUUGGCACAAUAACUUGGCAGAUGUUUCGACUGUUCCUUAUGAAAUUUUUGACUUGGAAAAUUUAAAAGAGGUCCUUUCUUAUGAGGUUUGGCAGACUCAUUUAUCUGGAAAUGAGAGGAACUUUCUCUCCCAGUUUCUUCCUAAGGGAGAUGAAGCGCAUCAAGUUGUCAAAGAAUUGCUUGCGGGGAAUAACUUUCAUUUUGGAAAUCCUUUUCUCAAAUGGGGUGCAUCACUUUGUUCUGGUAAUCUUCAUCCUGAUGCUGUUCUUCAUCAGGAACAAUGUCUGAAGGCUAAUAAGAAGGCAUACUACUUAGAGUUACAAAAAUAUCAUAAUGACAUGAUUGGGAAUUUACUGACGUGGAAGGAAACAUGGUCAAGCGUCAAGGAUCCCGAAAAGGAAAUUGUGCAGAAGACAUGGAGCAGGGCAAGAAAGCAUGCUGAGAAUGAAUAUAGGUUUCAUGACUCUGAGGAGAACCUUGCAGCAACAUCUGAAUCUUGUUCCUGGACCGAUGAGAAAGCUUGCAGUAGUGAUAAUCAGAACAUAGUGAUGAAGGAUGGAGAGCUGCAAAGACGAAAAAAUUCGAUGGAGAAAUAUGAGAAUUCAUCAGAUGGGCUUAAGGUGGUUGCAAGACCCAGAAAAGGAGAGAAGCUACACAAGCAAAAUAUCUAUUGCAGUGAUGGUGCCAAAUAUAUGUCUUAUAUCAAGAUUAGCAAGGAGCAGCAUCAACGUGUCAAGAGUAGUAUGAAGCACUCUAGCAAUAGCAUUCAAUCUAGGUCUCUUAAUCGUGUUUUAGGUAACCUUGAUACUUUUCAUGUGCAACCAUAUGAAGUAUUUGAGGAAGAAGAACGGCAGAAUUUGCAUGACCACUGGUUGCGUUUGGCAAACACAGAUCUUCCAGCAGCAUUUGUGAACUGGAGAAGAAGGCAGCUACAGAAAUGGCAAUUGAUGCAGUCUUUAGAGCAAGAUAUGGAAGAUAAACUGAAAUUUGUUAAGGAGGAUGCAGAGAAAGAGAACACUCAUAGCUUGCUAUCAGAGCCGACGGAUGAUGGAUCAGCAGACCAUGAAACCACAAAUACAACAGAGGGUGAGGGGAGAGAGAAUUCAGAUAGCUUGCUUCAGGAGAUGGAUAAUGGAGCAAAUCAUGAGCCUACCACUGCAUUAGAGGAUGAAGAGAAAAAGAACCUUGGUGGCAUCCUGCAGGAGCAGAUGUAUAACAGAGCACCAAACCAUGAACCCUCCAUAGAAGAUGCUCAUGAAUCUGUUCAUGUUUCCUCAGAGAAUCAGCAUGUGCAGCAACUUACUUCCCUCAGUGGUACCUCUGAAUUACACCCCGUGCAUUUGAAUUCUGAUGAGGACCAUCUGAUUGCAGAAACAGACAAGGUCCCUCCUAUCGUAUCAGAGUACCCAAAAAAUUUGAAUCAUUUGGAGGUAGCUGUCAGUCAGGGGGAUCCUCUCUCUUCUGCUACUGAUGUUUGGCCAGCAGUUGGCGUGCCAAAUUCUUAUUUUCAUUCUACUUCUGUUAACCGUGAUUACACUUCUCCCAGUGACUUGUCAGUUGGGCAUCCACAAGUUCUUGAGGAGCAACCAGCCCGAUUGAUUGAUCUGGAAUCUAACAUCCAUGAAGAAGACACCCAGAAAAAUAUGCUGCACAGACACUCCAAUGAUCAGUCUUUUGUCAGUCCUUACCCUAACCAAGACCGAAAUGAGCUACUUCAACAUUACUUUAAUGGCCGAGGGGGUUUAUCUUACCAUCACGAGCGGAAACAGACACGGUUAGAUUUCCAGCCAACAGCCAAUGUAUCGAUGGAAGCUGGUCAAUCUUCUGGGCACUUCCAGGAGCAGCUGCAUCCAUCACUGCCAUUGGAGGUGAGGCAGAAGAGAUUGACUGAUCUUUACACGCGUCAAAAUAUUCAAGAGAACGUGUACUCUGAUGGAGGUAGAUACUCAUUUCCAAGGCAAGAACACUUCUUGCCUGUCAAUAUUCAGGAUUGGGCUGUGAAUACUCCCAGCAUGUCAGCACCUCUCCGGUCCCAUUUGAAUGGUGGGGAGUUGGGUGAGAAUUGGUUUUCUGGUGAGCAUCGAGCCCGUGCUGGUUGGCCUGGCUUGGAUGGUGCUGUUGGCCCAAGCCAGAGCAUUGGAAGUAGAAACAAUGCCGAUCAGAGCCUCUUCAGUGUUUUAUCUCAUUGUAACGAGUUACAUUCUGCUGUCCCUUUUGAUUCAAUGGGCUCCACUGAACAGUUCAUUCAGUCUGCAAAUUAUGGUGGUGUGGGUGGGGGUGUUCCCAUACCAGGCAAUUUGUUGCAACAGACAGCUCAUCCACUUAACUACUUGAGUGGGCAGGAAGCUUCAGCUGCCGUAAAGAACAAUAAUAUAGGAUGGAUGAACCUGCCAAAUCAGACUUCUGCUUUACAGGACGCUAUGGGGAAACCAUUCCUCAGGUCUUGGAAUCACUAAGGUAUUAAACAUGUGGAGUUUUCUAGUUUGGACAAGUGGAUUGCAAGUUAUAUGAGCUUGGUUGGAAGUCAGAUGAGCACAGAUGUAGAAUACAAGAUGCUUGCAACAGGUGUUUUGGGUAUUUAUUUUUAGGAAGACAAUUCAGCCAGGGUUUUUGGGAAGUCGAGUACACAAAAUUUGCAAUGGAAAUAUGUACAUACACAAACAAGAACUGAUCCAACACCUUGUAUAUACUAGAUUCUAGGCAGGGAGGUAGGGGUAGGUUAUGAGGAAGGUGGUAAAAUUAAGGGAUCUCUUAAUUUGAGAGGCGAGAACAAAUUAUAUUUUCAUUUUCAUUGUGAUUUUUCUUCUCCCUUGGUGGAGAAAUGUCUUCCCAUAACUUUGCAGGGUAGGAACACUACAAGAAGCAAACUGCUUUUAAGCAAUAAAGCUGCCAUUUUUUUGUUUA